GUGUGUGUGUGUGUGUGUGUGUUUCUCACACCCAGUGCCCUCCUCUCCCUCCUCCCUCUCCUCCUUUAGCAUCUGAAAGGACCACUGAGUGAGAAUCGAUGGUGCAGAGGCCCGCCUGACAGGACAAUAAAGCGAGGAGAAGGGCCUCUUCAGGACUCUGAGGAGCAGCCAUGAGCCGGUCUCAGGUCCCCUGCCUCUGCCUGGCCUCCAGACACUUUCAGAACCUGAGAMCUGACCAGGACUUCCCCUGAGGCCCAGCAGAACUCAGUAGAACCUCUCUGUAUGGAGCCUCUCACAUCUGAAAGUCCCGUCUCUCUGCUGGGGGACGACAGGGAUUCCCCAGACACUCCUCCAUCUGGGUGUGUGGAUCUGUCCUUUCUGGAUGACGCCCUCCUGUCAUCCCCAGAAGGCGGAGAGGACCCACAGGCUGUGCAGGAUGGCCCACUGGUGGAGGCAAAGAAAGGGGACCUGACUGAGGAGGGGGUGGGGGCGUGUGAUAUCCUGCAGCAGAGUCUGCAGGAAGCUGACAUCACUGAGCAGACCAUGGCUCUGGAAGCAGACCUGCCACAAGCUGGGGAUAGUUUGUCCCUGUACUCACCAGCCCCUCUUCUUUCUCCAUCCACUCCCUUCAUCCCCAAGUCUGUGACGCUGCCCGUUCCUCCAGCAGUGCCCAGAGACACGCAGUCAGCAGUGGAGCCCCCCCAGCCCUCCCUGCUGGCUGUUGGGCCAGGCUGUCCCUCUCUGAAASCUGCUGCCCCUCCUCAGCUGAUGGGACUACUUCCUGGAAACGUGUUUCCUGCCCCAUCUUCUGACACUUCCUUCUCUUUAAGUCCUGCUCAAGGCUCCAAAAUGGUUUUACACAAAGCUGUCCCCCGGCUGUCCCCGACACUGAGAGCUGCAGCAGCACCAGGCCUGGUCUUACAGCGGGCUCCUCUUCAUAUCCAACCCAAAGUACCCAUCAGCAUCCAGCCCAGACUAGUUCAAAUCAGCCCCAAACCCAGUCCUGGUCUUACGUUUGUCCCUGGGACGGCCUCGCCUAAUAUUUUACUGUCUCCAGGCCCAAACCCUGUAGUUCCACAGGCACAGCCAGCACAGCAGCUCUCUAAACCUGUCAGCCUCCAGCUGCUCAACCAGGGCAGUUCCUUUGUGAUCCAGCMUCAGGGACUCUUUCAAGGUCAGAACCAGUUUCUUCUUCCAAGCCAGGUUCCUGUUACGAUUGCCCAGCCUGCCAGAGCAGCUCCAUCUCUGCUCCAGCCCAGUCACCAGGACCCAGCAGUCCACAGCAUGCCCCCCUCUGCUGGCCACAGCUCUCAGAUCUUAGCUGUGCCCCAAAGGCAGCUGAACUUCAGGCCGGUCUUCAGCACUCCUACAGGGCAGCUACUUGGCCAGGCCACUGUGCUGUCAGGACCUUUACAGCUCCAGUCUGGCCCUGCCGCUGUCUUCCAGAUGCCAGCACAGCUGGCUGGAGCUUACCCUCCAGGAGGGCAGGGACCACAAGCUACGCUGGUCCACAGUCCUGCUCUGGGGAACCACAUUACCUUGAUCAACAGUUCAGGUGUGCUUCCCCCAGAUCUUCCUUCCAUCUCUAUUGUUCAGGGGCUGCCUUUUGCUGCCCAGGCCCCCCCUGCUCCACGGGCAGCAGUGCCAGAAGGCCAGCUGGGCCUCCAGCAGGCCUCUGUGGUCCUGCUGCCUGACAGGUCUGUUCCAGACCACAGAAGCAGAUCUGAGGAACCUUUCCACCAGCUCCAACAGCACUUUGGACGCGUCCAACAUGUCUUCGUCCAGUCCACGGCUGCAGGACUCCGGUCCUCACCUCCUCCUGUAGUCACAGUUUUACAGCCCCCACCUGAGCCACAACGUGGCCCUAAUUCAGCCGUGGAGGUACGUAAACCUUUGAUUCCCCCAACAAACCUGAACCCAGUUCUGGAAGAGGUCACCCCAKCGACGAGUCAGAACCAGGACUUUAUGCAACAUUUGCAGCAGCGAACACCCAGUUCUCCUGUCCCGUCUGAAUCACUGGUUGGAACGCURCCAGUGGUGCCGAUGGAGCUGCUGACUUCCCCAGUGGCUGACAGCAGGAAGACCCAACCUCAGACCAGCACAGUCUCUGAACAGGAGGACCAUAAGAUGAUGUCACACCAGUCCGAUGAAGUUUCUCCUCAUCCCUCAGACUCUGAAAAUAAACAGCUCGUCUGUUCCCUCGCUCAGAAUCAGGAUUCUUUCAGACCAGCUUCAUCAACGUUCUCCUCCCCACCUGGACCUGAAGGUUCAGUGUCCCAGACCUCGGCUUCCCAAGUCCAGGUUUCCCAACAUCAGCCGUCAGGUUGUUGUUCAGUGCGGAGCAGCCCACCCCCACUGUGUCCCAGCAUCUCUGUGCCUCAGCAGCAGAUUGUUCCUAUAUCUGCUCCUGCUUCUCUCUCCAAACACGGAGACAAUGUUGCUGUCCAACAGCUCCCACAAAACAUAGAGCCCACAGCUGCCUUGGCCGUGGAGAGUAAUACAUUUACUCUCAGUGUGCACCCACCCUCUCCUGCAGAGCCUCCUGAUACCACGAAGGGUUCCUCCAGUCAGACCAACAAGCAGUGUGGAAAAAAGCUGGCAGGUCCUGUGGAGCAGCAGAUAGAGGAGACACUCACACCAGCAGUGCGUCGGAACAGAUUCCAAGAGCAUCUAUGUUUGGACCACAGAGCAGUGCAAAACCCGCUCACAACCCCAGCAUUCCCAUCCCUGAAGGAUGCUGUUACACGCUUGCUGCCAUACCACACCUGUGCCAGUCACCUGCCCACUCAGGAGGACUUUCAUUUAGUGGACCAGGAGUUUUACACGAUGUCGGGCUUUCUACUAAAACGCACCAAGGACAUGGUCAACAAAUACAGACAGCUGCUGGUUAAAGAAACCCAGCAGGAGAGUCCAUCAGCAGAGAUGGUGAUGUUGGAACGUCUCUUUCUCCAGGCUGAGAGGUUCGCUCUAACAGAGGACAGACGACGAGCUCGGAGAGCUCCAGAAACGUUUCUAACAGCUUUGGCGAUGUCAGCGUCUUCCCCUCACGAGACCUAUGCCCCCCCACAUUUCGACUCCUCAAGCAGCCCCUCUUCCCCACCAGCUUGGGCCCAGUUGUCAGAGCGGCCCCCAGGACUCAAAACAUACCAUUCCAGCUCCCGUGGGGCUCUUAGACUCACCAUCAAGCAUGAAUCUGGCUCUCGUAAAGUGAUCCAGAACUCAGCACGUGACCCUGGCCUGAAGAGRGACCACGCAGGGCAGCUGACCAAUGGUGGUGGGGGCUUGAACCAAUGCCCUCCUCAGGCAACCAAUGGAACUUCCCAGCAUCCUCAGCAUGAUGAGAUGUCCAACGGAGCUCUUACCAAGAACGUUGUGGAACAGGUUCAACGGACGACGCCCAAUCCCAAAAUAAAACCUCCCACUCCCCUUCCUAUGCUGGAGGCACAGGACAUCUGCUUUGACCUGCCUCCCAGAGAUGUCAGUGCCCCAAAACUAAAAUGCUACAGGCUGGACCCGUCUCCUCAGCCAGAGCAGCAGUUCAGCCCUACGACACCGCCUCUUCAGAAAGACAACAUGCUUAGUGAACAUCUGCAGAGCGCCAUCAACAGCAUACUGGAACUGCAGCGCCUGCAGGGCACCUCUGUCGCCCCGACCAGGGCACCUUCAGGCCCUGCACUGGACCAGGCUGUCACCAGCAUCCUGGAGGGACACCUGUGAGGUAAUCUGACCCGACAGAAAGGGAGGGGRAAUGGGAAGGUUUCAAAUGUUGCCUGAACUCAUUUUAAAAAACRGCACUAUAAAGAGAUGCAUAGCAGAUAAAAGCACUAGUCCGACAGAUGUUAGAUACUUMAUUUCUGAUGUGUUUGCAAAAAAGAAAAUCUAUCUGAAUAGGAGCUAUAUUGUUUUAUUGGUAGUGAAGUCAUUCAGAGGAUUAAGACACUGCUUUGACCUUCAUCAGCAUAUAGUAUAUAAGUAAUAAACAUGGAUAUGUGGUGCCAUUUGUAAAGUUACACAGUCAAAAAUUACCAAUAUUUUUGUUUUAUUUAGCCUUUUAUAAGAAAAAAAAA